AGAGUGCGAAGCUGCACAGUCCUUGAAAUGGCCAUUUGUUAAGAUUGAGCUGCAACCUGGAAGCCCUCACAGAUUUCCUGAUAAUGCAGGCUGCAAUGGAGAAGCUCAGCAAUAUGGGAAGUGUUGCAAAAAAGAAGCUCAAAAUUUGUAGAGCCAAACUCGACGAGACGGUGCAAAAAGCGUCGGUGAAGACGGCGGAGGAGAGGAAGAUUGCGGAGGAGCGGAGGAAGGCGGCGGAGGCGGAGGCGAAGCGGGAGCUACACGAGGCAAAAGCUCGACAUGCUGCUCAAAAGCUAAGAACUAGGCAGUCACAUGUACUUGGCCACCGUUUACACCAUCAGCCACCGGUGGAGGGGGGCAGCGCCGCCAAUGUUCCGGCUUAUCCUAUAGCUAGCCCGGAGGGCUACUACCCUGGACAUAGAAUUUAACCUUUGUAGAACUUAUUGAUGUAAUUAUUGCAUUAUUGGGUGAUUAAGCCUUAGUUUAAUAUGUACGGGUUAUGUUAAGGAUGAUCGAUAAUGUGAGAUCUUACAUCGGUUUAGAGAGGGAAACGAAGAUGUGUUUUAAAACGGAAGUCAAAAGUGGACAAUAUCUGAUCAUAUUGGACUCUUUAAUGAUCGGUCUUGUCUAUGAACUAAUUUAUUGUAUUCAUUUUUUUCAUUCGGGUUUUUUUCUUUG